AUGGAUCCGUUUGACGACUUCCAGGUGACGCGGCUGCCGAAGUCGUCGAAGCCGCGGCCGCCAUCUCCGAAACGCACGGCAGCCUAUCGCAAACCGAAGUACCUCUCCAGCGGCGACGAUGUGGCGGAGGCUGGUGAAUUCUUCGGGGAGAGAGGUGACCAUGUUGAUGCGAGGCAUGGCGCCGACCGUGCCGCAAAUGGCGACAGCGGUCCCGCCAAGAGCACGGGCCGUGACGCGGUGUACGACAGGAUUCUAGACCACAUGUGGUACGACCGCGACGACGAGAGCUUCCUGAUGCAGAACAACUACGACGAGGAGAGCCAGACGUAUCUCGCCGACCAGGAGGCCAAGCGGCAGGCGCAGCUGCCUGGCGGCAAGAGCCAGCUAGGGCAAGGCAAACAACAGAUGCGCGGUUCGCUCUCGUUUCAGAAGCACAUAGACACCUCGCUGUGGGAGUUGUCGCGCAUUAGACAGGGUGGAGCUGGGUCCCGUCUGAGCACUUUGGAGAUGCAGGGGCUGAACGCCAGCAACAUGCACAAGGACGAGGUUAAGAAGAUCGUGUUGGUGCGCUCCGUGAUACCGCCGUUCAUCUACGACAGCCUGCGGAAGGAGACGCGUGAUGCGCUCGACGCCAGCGUGGCAGCGGGCGACAACACGUUCAACCACAUCUACAACAAGUUCCUGAACCAGAACAUCUCCGUCAUAAAGGAUGUUACUUCCGACAUCGCGCAGAUGGCAAAGAAGGGCAGCGCCAUCCUGCGCCAGCUCAAGGAGGAGUCGGAGCGCAAUGCGAGCCGCGUGCGAUUCUGGGACCUCGAAGGCUCCAAGUUAGGCGCGUUGCUGCACCUGGACGACACCAAACCCGCCACAGCGAGCAUCAGGGAUUCCGCUGGUGCCGGUGACCCUAGCAAGGGUGGAACUAACAGCAACAGCAAAUACGCGCAGCACUUGGGGGAGGAGGACCUGCCGGAAGACGAGAUGGAGCAGAAGCUCAAGGAGUACAAGUCCAAGUUGCAAAACACCCGAGAACAGCUGCCCGUUUUCAAGUGCCGAGAGGAGCUGCUGUCGUACAUUGGCGAAUUCCAGGUGAUGGUCGUUGUGGGAGAGACUGGUUCCGGUAAGACGACGCAGCUGGCGCAGUUCCUGUACGAGGCGGGCUACUCGAAGCGCGGCGUCAUCGGCUGCACGCAGCCGCGUAGGGUCGCCGCGGUGUCCGUUUGCCAGCGUGUGGCCUCAGAAAUGGGCUCCCGGGUGGGCGACCUCGUCGGGUACUCCAUCCGUUUCGAGGAUUUGACCAGCAAGAACACCGCGGUCAAGUUCAUGACGGACGGUAUCUUGCUGCGUGAGACCUUGAUGGACCCCGAGCUGGACCGCUACAGCUGCAUCAUCAUGGACGAGGCGCACGAGCGCAGCCUGAACACCGACGUGCUGUUUGGCAUUUUGAAGUCCGUGGUCGCCAGGCGCCGUGACCUCCGCGUGAUAGUCACCUCGGCCACCAUGGACGCCGACAAGUUCUCCAAGUUUUUCGGCAACUGCCCCAUCUACAAGAUCCCGGGGCGCACGUUCCCCGUCAGGGUCGAGUACAUGCGGUCCAUGGGCAACGACUACGUGGAGUCCGCGGUCGACAAGUGCGUGUCGCUCCACAUCUCAGAGGGCCCUGGCGACGUGCUGAUCUUCAUGACCGGGCAGGACGACAUCAACGCGACGUGCGAGCUGCUGGACAUGAAGCUCUACAAGGUGAUGAUGUCCUCCAACAGCAACGACCUGCAGCCGUUCUGCGUGCUGCCGAUAUACAGCCAGCUGCCCAGCGAGCUGCAGCAGCGCGUCUUCAAGAAGUACCCGUACCGCAAGGUGAUUGUGUCCACCAACAUCGCAGAGACAUCGCUGACCUUGGACGGCAUCAAGUUCGUGAUCGACAGCGGCUUCUGCAAGCUGAAGGUGUACAACCCGAAGGUCGGCAUGGACAGCCUGCAGAUAACUCCAGUGAGCCAGGCCGGCGCCAACCAGCGUGCCGGUAGGGCGGGGAGGACCGCACCCGGCGUCUGCUACCGCCUGUACACCGAGCGCACGUUCCUGAACGACCUGUUCGACAACAACGUGCCGGAAAUUCGGCGAACCAACCUCUGCAACGUCGUGUUGCUGCUGAAGUCGCUGAAGGUGAAGAACCUCACGGAGUUCGACUUCAUCGACCCGCCUCACAUGGAGAACAUCCUGAGCGCGAUGCUGCAGCUGUGGAUCCUGGGCGGCAUAGACGAGUUCGGCGAGCUCACCGACGUCGGCCGGAAGCUGGUCCACUACCCGCUGGAGCCGCCUCUGGGCAAGAUGAUGAUCGCCGGCGAGCGCGAGCAGUGCCUGUCUGAGGUGCUUACCGUGGUGUCCGUGAUGUCCGCGCCCAACGUGUUCGUGGUUGAGAACGAGUCCGACGCGCAGCGGGAAACGGCUGACGGCGCCACCAGGGAGAAGUUCAUGGUGCCGGAAAGUGACCACCUGACCCUGUUGAACGUUUACAAGCAGUGGGUCGCCAACGGUCGCUCUGACACCUGGUGCGCUCAGCACCGGCUGCAGCCGAAAUCGCUGCGCCGAGCGUCGGAGGUGCGGCAACAGCUCCUGGACAUUGUGCUGAAGCAGGAUAUCAAGGAAACCACCUGUGGCACCAACUGGGACCAGGUGCGCCGGGCGAUAUGCGCGGGAUACUUCCACAACGCCUCGAAGCUCAAGGGCCUAGGCGAGUACACCAACCUGCGGAGCUUCGCGCCGUGUUUCCUGCACCCGUCGUCGGCGCUCUACGGAAUGGGGUACACCCCGGACUACGUGGUGUACCACGAGGUCGUCAUCACCAGCAAGGAGUACAUGCGCCACGUCACCGCCGUGGACGCCGAGUGGCUCUACGAGCUGGGCCCCUCGUUCUUCUACCUCAAAAACAUCAACGCCGGGGAGAACGCGCAGCGCAACAAGGACAAGCUGGAGAACCAGCGCCUGCUGCAGGAAAUGCAGUACAAGCGCACGCGCCAGGAGACCCUGGAACGCGCCCAGGUCCCCGGCGCUGACAAGGGCAGUUCCGGUGUCACUUUCGGCAAAAGGAAGAGCAGUAUGCGUUGA